AUGGCAGCAGCUACAAGUAUCAACACUAUCGAUCCUCGUGACAUAGGUACACCUGACGACUGGAUUCCACGUCACUCCGAAAUGGUACGUCUCACUGGAAAGCACCCAUUCAAUGCCGAAUCUCCUCUAUCUCUUCUAAUGGAUCAAGGCUUCAUAACACCUGUUCCUUUACAUUAUGUAAGGAAUCAUGGUCCUGUACCUAAACUUCAUUGGGAUAUUCAUCGUCUAGUUGUUGAUGGAUUAGUAUCAAACCCUUUGAAUUUAUCAAUGAAUGAUCUUGAAAAUCUUCCUUAUAAAGAAUUUCCGGUAACUCUUGUUUGUGCUGGAAAUCGUAGAAAGGAACAAAAUAUGAUUAAGCAAUCUAUAGGUUUUAAUUGGGGUCCUGCAGCUACAAGUUGUGCAAUUUGGAAAGGUGUCCCAUUAAAUUAUAUUUUAAAAUUAGCUGGUGUUAAUCUUAAUGAUUGUGUCAAUGGUCCUCGUUAUGUUUGCUUUUCUGGCGUUGAUAAAUUACCUAAUGGUUUUUAUGGUACAAGCAUUCCUUUAGAAUGGUCUCUUAAUGAUGUUAAUGAUGUUAUCUUGGCUUAUGAGAUGAAUGGUGAAAGAUUAACUCCUGACCAUGGUUAUCCAUUACGUGUAAUAAUUCCUGGAUGUAUUGGUGGUAGAAUGGUUAAAUGGCUUUCAAAGAUAACUAUAAGCAAUAAAGAAUCUGAUAGUUAUUAUCAUUAUCAUGAUAAUCGUGUUCUUCCUCCUGAAUUCGAUGCUGAACGUGCUACUAAAGAAAAAGCAUGGUAUAAUCCGAAUUAUAUUAUCAACUAUCUCAAUAUUAAUUCUGUCAUAACUUCUCCGGCACAUAAUGAAUAUAUUCCAUUAUCAAGCUUUUUUAAUAACCAAAUGUAUACUCUCAAAGGUUAUGCUUAUACUGGAGGUGGUCAUAAGAUUACCCGUGUUGAGGUCUCUCUAGACAAUGGUAAAACUUGGCUUCUUUCUAAAUUAGAUCAACCUGAACUUGUUCAUCCUGCUGUUCUUAAGAGAAGAAUAAAUCCAAUUCCUAGAUAUUGGUGUUGGAGUUUUUGGUCUUUAAUUAUACCAUUCCAUUCUUUCAUUCGAUGUGAAGAAAUUUCUGUUAGAGCUUGGGAUUCUACUCAAAAUACUCAACCUAGGAAUCCAACUUGGAAUGUAAUGGGAAUGAUGAAUAACUGUCAUUUUCGUGUAAAAGUCAAUACAAUUCCUCAAGGAAAUGAAUUCCGUUUAGUAUUUGAACAUCCAACACAACCUGGAAAUAAUCCUGGUGGAUGGAUGGUUAAACCUUCUCCAAAGUUAAUAACCUCGAAACCUUCAGAUGUUUCUACUAUCAAUAGUCAGAUUCCUACCUUUACUAUUAAUGAAGUUGCUAAACAUAAUAAUGAAAAAGAUUGCUGGAUUAUAAUCAAUAAAAAAGUUUAUAAUUGUACUAAAUUCUUGAAAAAACACCCUGGUGGCACUGCUUCUAUCCUUAUCAAUGCUGGAAAAGAUGCCACAAAUGAAUUUACUGCAAUACAUUCUACAAAGGCUAUAGAACUGCUAAAAGGUUUUUAUAUAGGUAACCUGGCAUUACUUCAAUCAAAAUUAUAA